GGCGGGACUGGGCGGGUCAGGGCGCAGCGGCUGACGGCGGGGGAGGAGCCGGGUCCACUGCCGGGUGGAGGGACAAGGCGAGUGUCCUUAUCCUACCGAUUGGGGCCCGGGCCUGUGAGCCAGUUGGGAGUCGCGGCAGCGUGAACGAUCGGGCCGAGAGGAAGCAGACAUGUUGCUGUUUGUGGAGCAGGUAACAUCUAAAAGCACUGGUUUAAAUCCUAAUGCCAAAGUAUGGCAAGAAAUUCCUUCUGGAAAUACGGAUGGCACUCCUGUAACUGAAAGUUCUUGGCACGAAACUGCAGCCACAUCUGGAUCUCAUCCUGAGGGUAAUACAGAACUUUCAGAAGAUAUGUGCAAGGAAUAUGAAGUAAUGUAUUCUCCAGCUUGUGAGGCCACAAGGAAUACUGCAGAUAUCGAAGAAUCAGCUGAUGGAAUGAUUUUAGGACCUGAAGAUCUGAGCUACCAAAUAUACGAUGUUUCUGGAGAAAGCAGUUCAACAAUUUCUACAGAAGAUUUAAAAGAAUGUCUGAAAAAACAAUUAGAGUUCUGUUUCUCACGAGAAAAUUUAUCAAAGGAUCUUUACUUGAUAUCUCAAAUGGAUAGUGAUCAGUUCGUCCCAAUAUGGACAGUUGCCAACAUGGAAGAAAUUAAAAAACUGACCACAGAUCUGGAUUUAAUUCUUGAAGUGUUGAGAUCUUCCCCUAUGGUACAAGUUGAUGAGAAGGGGGAGAAGGUGAGACCAAGUCAUAAGCGUUGUAUCGUAAUUCUCAGAGAAAUUCCUGAAACAACACCAGUAGAGGAAGUGAAAGCUUUGUUUAAAAAUGAAAACUGCCCCAAAGUGAUAAGUUGUGAAUUCGCACACAACAGCAACUGGUACAUCACUUUCCAGUCAGACACAGAUGCACAGCAGGCUUUUAAAUAUUUAAGAGAAGAAGUUAAAACAUUUCAGGGCAAGCCAAUCAUGGCAAGGAUAAAAGCCAUUAAUACAUUUUUUGCUAAGAAUGGUUAUCGAUUAAUGGAUUCUAGUAUGUACACUCAACCCAUUCAGACUCCAGCUCAAUAUCCCUCACCAAUCUUUAUGCAGCCAGUGUAUAACCCUCAUCAGCAGUACUCAGUGUAUAGUAUUGUGCCUCAGUCUUGGUCUCCAAGUCCUGCACCUUACUUUGAAACACCACUGGCUCCUUUUCCCAAUGGUAGUUUUGUGAAUGGCUUUACUUCACCAGGAUCUUAUAAAACAAAUGCUGCUGCUAUGAAUAUUGGCCGACCAUUCCAAAAAAAUCGUGUGAAGCCUCACUUUAGGUCAUCCAGUGGUUCAGAACACUCAACAGAGGGCUCUGUGUCAUUGGGGGAUGGACCACUGAGCAGAUCUAGUUCAAGGAACUUUCUCUCUGAACGGCAUAAUCCUACAGUAACAGGGAAUCAAGAACAAACUUACCUUUCAAAGGAGGCUCCCAUUUUACAGAUGGAUCAGAAUGGGGACUUUGGUAGAGGCAGGAGAACUCUUUUCAGAGGUCGAAGACGAAGAGAGGAUGACAGGAUCACAAGACCCCAGCCUUCAACAACUGAAGCGAAGGCUUCGACACCAAAGUUUGACUUACUAGCUACAAAUUUUCCACCUUUACCUGGAAGUUCAUCAAGAAUGCCAGAUGAACUUGUGUUGGAGAAUAGAAUGUCUGAUGUCGUUAAAGGUGUCUACAAAGAAAAGGACAAUGAAGAUGUGAGAGUUAGUUGUGCAGUGCCUGCAGAGGAUGAACAGACAGAUUGUGCGUCUGCCCAGCAACUCAGCUUAAGUCCCAGUCCUCCAUGCACAGCUGAGCUUCCAGCAUUAAGCACAACUCAGCAAGAGAAGGAUCAAAUGGAGGAUUCCUCGCUUCCAAAGGAUGUUAUCAACCAGAUAACUGUACCAGUUUCUUCUCCAGCUACUGCAAAGCCAUCAAGGGCAGACACAGCUUCACCUUGCAAUAGUAAUGUAACCACACCCACAGCUGUGAGUCUACAGGAACCUCGAAAGUUAAGUUAUGCUGAAGUAUGUCAGAAGCCUCCUAAAGAGCCAUCUCCUGUUCUUGUACAGCCGCUACGUGAACUUCGAUCCAAUGUUGUAUCUCCCACCAGAAAUGAAGAAAAUGGAGCGCCUGAGAAGCCUGUUGAAAAAACACACGAGAAACCAGAAACAAGGGCUAGUAAGGAUCAUUCUGGCUUCCGAGGCAAUAACAUUCCCCGGGGAGCAGCUGGAAAAAUCAGGGAACAGAGACGCCAGUUUAGCCAUAGGGCUACACCUCAGGGAGUGACUCGACGUAAUGGGAAAGAGCAGUUCGUGCCACCCAGAUCACCAAAGUAAAAGCAAAACAUAACAAAAACUACGCAGAAACUUCUCUCUUCCCACUAAACUUGAGCCUAUAUUGAACUGUUUUGGAGGGAGGAAGUAGCCAGGAAAGAUGGGAAGUGUGUCCUUAAAUAUUAUGGAUUUUGGAAUUUUAAGAGGAGCCCAAAAUUCAUCUCUAAGUGAUUUUCAAAUGCUGGAGGAUUCCAAUCAGUAUAAAUAUAUAUAUAAAUAUAUAUAUAUAUAUACACACAUAUAUAUAUAAAUAUAAUUUUUCUAUUUUUGUUUUUGAUUUUAAUUUGCAGGGAUUUCUGCCUGGAAUCAAUUUUGAGGGUUCAGAUAUAGCUUGGGAGAGAAAACAAAAAACAUUAUACAUCCUUCAGUAUAGGAGACGAGGGAGUGAGAGAAAAUAUUUUUUGAAGAAACAUUUCUGUAAAAAUUAGAAAUUUUUUUAAUCUAUUUAAAGUUUGGCUUGAAGAAUGCCAUCUCUGACAAAUGUCCUUAUGUUGCAGAACAGGUCAGUGGCGGGGGGGUUGUGUCUGUUCUGGGUGUGAGUGUGUGCAAAGUGAUUGAAGCCAAAUCUGUUGUCAUGUUAGUAAAUGAUUUGAAAACUGAAUGUAAUACUUAGUAGAUCUUUUUUGUAGUUUGGAAUUUAGUUUGUUUUUUGACAUUACUAAUAUUGUAUUUUACUGAGCUAGCUAUUAAGCUCUGACUGUGUGUGAAGCUGUGACUACCAAUCAGUCUGAUAUACAAAAAAAGGAUAGAGAUGAUUCAAAAGAAAUUGAGAAAUUCUGUUUUAGACCUCAGUACUGGAUAGGUCAAAUAGAUUUCAGAGGUUCAAACUGCCCCGUGACUUUUUUUUUAUCCUCUUUGAAAUGGGAGACUUUUUUUUUUUUUUUUUACUUGUUAGUCUCUGUUCUUUGACUCUUCACCUCCAGAAGCAAAAUAACAAACCAUUUUCUGGACUGUGGUUUCUCACUACUAGACCAAUUUAAUCAAAUCAUAUAUCUAACCUAUAUCCUAUAUAUCCUAAUGUUAUAAUGGAUUAUUGAAAAAAUUUCUUCUUCUAUCAAAGCAAUUAGAAUUUUAGGUCCCAGGAUAGUACUGGCCUGCCAUUAAUUUAUUUGUAUUGGUGUUAAAAAUGAAAAGUGCUACUAGUUGAGGUGGCACACACAUCUUAAUCCCAGCUUCAGAGGCAAAGGCAGGUGGAUCUAAGUUCUAGGCCUGCCUGGUUUACAUGAGAUACAGUCUAUCAAGAACUAAGUAGUGAGAGACCCUGUCUCCAAAAAAGAAAGAUGAAGUAAUGUAACUAACUUUUUAAAAUGAUAUAAAAGAGAAAAAAUUUAAGAAUUAAUUUAGGGGGCUUCUUUUUCUUUUUACUGUGUUGGUCAUCUUUUCCCCUCCCCACCAAACAGUUUGGGAUUUACUGACUAAAAACAGCAAGUCAAGAAAUUUUUGAGAUAAAGUGAGAAAAAUGUUUGAGGAAAAUAAAUGCAUAAUUUCUCAGUGAAAAUUAUAGCUGUCAUAUAUUAAAUAGGCAAGUUUACAUACUGGUAUUUAGAAAACAGCUCAAAUAUGAAAAACCAUGUUGCAUUAAUCUAUUUGAAGUCAUACCAUUUUUAUAGUUGUAUGUAGGGUGGUGGUUUAUUUUUCUGCUUAGGGAUAGUUAACAGUAGUAAGAACUGUCCCUUACGUUAGUGAGUUACGUAUGUACAAAUUGAAACUGUAAAUUGUGGACACUGGAAAGCACCAUUGUGACAUAAACAUCGUAGUAAUAUAUUUAAAAUGAAUGUAAAUGGAAGUUAAAAUUACAUUACUGUGAAACUGAUCUUCCAACUCUUAAGUGUCAGAGAUUUGUGUUAGUGGGUAAUUCUUAAGAGCUUUGAAAACUGCACGAUUUGUGUAACCAGGAAUUAUUAUUUCUUUGUAAUUUAUUCAGCUUGGCAAACACUUUUGGUUUGGUGGGUUGGUGACAUUAUAUAUUUGCUCAGUUGGAAAUGAUUAGUUCUACAUACUAUUUUUUUUAAUCAUCUACUAGAUGAAACAUGCAAUAAAACUACCUGUACUAAAAUUUGGGAGAACUUUAGAUCCAUUAAAAAGUAUUAAUAAUCGUUAGCUACAUCUAUGAUAAAAGUGUUUAUUCUCAUUUACUUAGAAAUGAUAAACAUUUAAAGUGUUAACACCCUAUGAAUGCAGUGGAUUAAUAGAAUAAACAUUUUGCAAAAAUCACUUGGUAAAGAUUAUAAAUUUUAUUUUUGCACUUAAAAUGGAAAAAAAAUCUGUUUAAGUGUGUCACAGAUGUAGUUUCCAAUUUCUUGUCAGCUUGUGUGAUUUACUGGUAGGCCAUUAAUUUCUAAAAUGCUACAGAUUGCUAUUUCAUUGUGUUACCCUUGAACCCAGAACCUUGCACAAGCCCCAUAAGUACCCAGCACUGAGCGAUGCCCCCAACUUCUAAAGGUUCAUUCAAAUUCAAAAAAAAAUUCCUUAACAGAAAAGAAAAAGUAUAUUAUUGGUUUUUUUUAUCUCCAAAUAUUGAGUGUAGAAAUUUUUCAAAACACAGGAUUUUUAAUUUAGUUUUCCUCAGUUCUUAUAAACAACUCCCAUUUGAUGGGGGUGUAUGCGAUGUUGGGGGGUAAUGGAAGAAUGUGUAAUACAUACAUACAUACAUACAUUCACAGUGUGUAUUUGGCAGUUAUUUUCUUGGAGCAGAUUUAGGUUUUGUGUGUAAAUGAUGCCUGUGAUUUGUGUAAAACUGGCCUUUGCCCAUCAUUUCUAUUUAAGCCAGUUGGGUUGGUAUUCAUUGUGUUUCAGCUAUUUAUUGGUUCUUUAGAUGGGAAAUUUAAAUAUCAAAGUUUUCUCUUCACCCUAUAACUUAACAUUUCCUUGCAUUAUUGAAGGCCAAAAGUAGAUAAAGUGAUAUUGGAUGUAUACUACAAUUGAAUAUCAUGAUUCUUCUUGCAUGAAAAGAGCAAAAGUCACACAGGUUCAUCACUUUGUGCUUCAUAGAGAAGGUAUGCAGAGGGUCAUGGCAGAAUCUUCUGUCUUGAUAAUAUCAAAUGUCUGUCUCUAAUCUGAGCAAUCUCAAUUUUGCCAAAUAUAGUCAAUGGCAUUUAAAAUAGAGAUCCAUCUAAAUUUUUACCCAACUGUAUUUUGGAGAGAGAUGAGACCUGUCAAUGAUGAGGGGUUUGUUGUUGUCUUACCUGCAUAUUUUGCAUAUAAUCAAAUGGUAUGGAGGAUUUUAAUUUAUUUUUAGUUCCUAAAGUUAAGAUAGCUUCAAUAUUAUUUCACAUUCCUUUUUCUUUUUAAGUAACCAGAAUUUGCUUUGCAAAGACUUAGGGGUGGAAGUAAGCUAGUAUCUUUCACUUAGGGUAAAGAGAACAAGAAAAUAUUAUUUAAAAGUUAGGAGCACUUUCUCUAGUUUUGUUAGUUACGUAUGGCCUUAAUAACCAGUCUCUUGGCUUAAAUGUUUGCUGGUUUUACUUUGACAUGGUUGAACAGCACUGGGGUUCAGUUCCUGAUGUUUGUGUUGGCAAUAUAUAUUAACCAUAUUUUAAGAGUAUCAAUUCUGGCUUUUUAUGGAAAAGAUUAAAAAUCAAACAGUAUAUUCCUUUUGAGGGUUUUUUUAAUACGUAAAUAUAUAUAAAUAUAAUAUAUGAUGGAUUUUUUCUAAUUUUUUAUAUUUCCUUACAAUUUGGUGGGUAUUAAUCUAUCUUUAAGACUCUUUGGCAUAUACUAAGUAGCUAGUCUGAAUUUUCAAGAAGAUGGCAUGGACAUUUCAUUUUUUUUUUUUUUUUAAUUAGCUGAAUGAGGACAUUUUCAAUUCUCUUUUAAAAGUGACCUGAUUACUAAAUAACUCAAUGUUUAUCUUUAAACUAACAAUUUGUUAUGUCUAACUAGGCAGUCUUAAAGGUGUGGCUCAGAAAUCUGUGCUGUGGGCCAAGUACUCACUCUGUUUUCAGUUCUAUAGCACAGAACCCUGAUUAGUAUAUAAAGAGACAUCCACAUCGAUAUUUUUUUUUUUUUUUUUUUUUUUUUUUUUUUUUUUCUUCAGCUGAUUCAGGUGUCCCUUGAGUGAUGUAUCUUAAAUGUUGGGGGAGUGGGAUGUCAGAACCAGUUAUCUGGCUUCUGUUUUGUCCAUAGCCUAGAUUUGUCCCUAUUGUCAAAACUACCCCCCACAAUGGUGUGGCACAUACUCAUGCAUAAACUGUUAAAAUGAACAUCUUUGUAUUUGUAUUUGUUUUAAACAUUGCCAAGGUGCUAUGGGAAAUUAAAAUUACAAAAUUAGAAGAAAAUAAAAUUAUCAAAAAGCA